UUUUGAGUUGCAACGAAUUGAAAUCCUAUUGGCCGGAAAAUUUGACAAAACCUUUCUGCUCAACCGAUCGCGCCACUUUGGUUUGCGGAACGAGAAGCGUAGCAUUUCUCGUGCGAAACCUGCAUAUUUAAAUACCAUUUUUUUACCGUUGAAGGUAUUGUUACUCAGAUCUCAUCAUGCGUGAAUGUAUCAGUGUACACGUUGGCCAGGCUGGUGUCCAGAUCGGCAAUGCCUGCUGGGAAUUGUACUGUUUGGAACAUGGUAUCCAACCUGAUGGUCAGAUGCCUAGUGACAAGACAAUCGGUGGAGGUGAUGACUCAUUCAACACAUUCUUUAGUGAGACCGGAGCUGGAAAACACGUACCAAGAGCUGUCUAUGUUGAUCUGGAACCAACAGUAGUAGAUGAAGUCCGAACUGGCACAUACAGACAGCUUUUUCAUCCUGAACAACUUAUCACAGGAAAGGAAGAUGCUGCAAACAAUUAUGCUCGAGGUCAUUACACAAUUGGAAAAGAAAUUGUAGAUCUUGUCCUAGACCGCAUCCGUAAAUUAGCUGACCAAUGUACAGGGUUACAAGGUUUCCUCAUUUUCCACAGCUUUGGAGGUGGCACUGGCUCAGGAUUCACAUCUCUCUUAAUGGAAAGGCUCUCUGUAGAUUAUGGCAAAAAAUCUAAAUUAGAAUUUGCUAUAUAUCCUGCUCCUCAGGUAUCAACUGCUGUUGUUGAGCCAUAUAAUUCUAUUCUUACAACUCAUACUACUUUGGAGCAUUCUGAUUGUGCAUUUAUGGUUGACAAUGAAGCUAUUUAUGACAUAUGCCGCCGGAAUCUUGAUAUUGAACGUCCUACUUACACCAACUUGAACAGAUUGAUCGGCCAGAUUGUAUCAUCAAUUACUGCUUCUCUGAGAUUUGAUGGUGCUUUGAAUGUAGAUCUAACAGAGUUCCAGACCAAUCUUGUACCGUACCCUCGAAUUCAUUUCCCUCUGGUUACCUAUGCUCCAGUUAUAUCUGCUGAAAAGGCAUAUCACGAGCAACUCACAGUCGCCGAAAUCACAAAUGCAUGUUUCGAACCUGCAAAUCAAAUGGUAAAAUGUGAUCCCAGACAUGGAAAAUAUAUGGCUUGCUGUCUGCUCUACAGAGGAGAUGUUGUUCCAAAAGAUGUCAAUGCUGCUAUUGCUGCCAUCAAGACAAAGCGUACCAUUCAGUUUGUUGAUUGGUGUCCAACUGGAUUCAAAGUUGGCAUCAAUUAUCAACCACCUACUGUUGUACCUGGUGGAGAUUUAGCAAAGGUUCAGAGAGCUGUCUGUAUGCUUUCAAAUACCACUGCUAUUGCUGAGGCCUGGGCUCGUCUGGAUCACAAGUUUGAUUUGAUGUAUGCCAAAAGAGCUUUUGUCCAUUGGUAUGUAGGUGAAGGUAUGGAGGAAGGUGAAUUUUCAGAAGCCCGAGAAGAUUUAGCUGCUCUGGAGAAAGAUUAUGAAGAAGUUGGAAUUGAUUCAACUGAAGGUGCUGAGGAUGAAGGAGAUGAGGAGUUCUAGAUCUGCUGAUUUCUGAACUACUGCAGGACCAAUACUUAUACAUUCUAAUUUGUAUACAUGAGCACAUAAGAUCAUUAAAGCAUAAUUUGCAACGA